AUGCACAUGGUCCCGAAGAAGGUCGUGGGGGACUGGCGUCCUUGCGGCGACUACCGAUCCUUGAAUGCGGUAACCACGCCUGAUCGCUAUCCGAUCCCACACAUAGUGGAUCUCACCGCCAGUCUGGCAGGUAAAAGUAUCUUCAGCAAAAUCGACUUGGUACGCGCAUACAACCAAAUUCCGGUAGCCGAAGCGGACAUCGCUAAAACUGCCGUGACGACUCCAUUUGGUUUGUUCGAGUAUCUGCGCAUGCCAUUUGGCCUAAAGAACGCCGCACAAACUUUUCUGCGUUUCAUCGACCAAGUUUGUCGCGGCUUAGACUUCGCUUACGCGUAUUUUGAUGACAUUUUAAUCGCAAGCUCUUCACGAGAAGAGCACAUACUUUACGUACGAACACUUUUUGAUCGUUUAUCUCAACACGGGGUGACGAUCAACGCAGAAAAGUGUUCGUUUGGUGUCGAUUCAGUAAACUUUCUUGGCCAUCGUAUCUCCUCUGCAGGCGUCGUGCCACCGCAGGAUAAAAUUCAAGCCAUCAUCGACUACCCCGAGCCUCAUUCUUUCAAACAGCUCAGGCGUUUUGAUGGGCUUGUCAACUUUUACCGACGGUUCAUACCCAACUGCGCCUCGCUGAUGCAACCGCUCACGGACUUUCUCCGAGGGAAACUCAAGAAAUUCGAAUUUCCUGCCUCAGCACGCGCUGCUUUUAAGUCGCUGAAAGAGGCUAUCGCCAACAUAGCUUCUAUAGCGCAUCACGAUCCGGCCGCCUCACUGUCCCUCAGUACUGACGCCUCGGACGUGGCAGUCGGCGCUGUUUUGCAGCAACGCGUAGCCGACACGUGGCAGCCCUUAGCGUUUUUCUCCAAACGCCUACGACCUACCGAAUCUCGCUACAGCACGUUCGGUAGAGAACUACUAGCAGUGUAGCUAGCGAUACGUCACUUUCGACACGUCUUAGAAGGCCGCUCCUUUGCCGUCUUCACCGACCACAAACCCCUGA